GAAAGAUUAGUCCGCGUCCCUCCGCUUCUCCGCGAUGAUACUCUAGUUAAUAAAGCAUUUUGGUUCGAUAUUAAGGCUGAUAAAUAGAAGACAACGAGCAUCUUGAAAACCGAAUGAGCAUGGAUUGGGGUGUGCAGUUGUGUUAUCCUGUUUUCCUGUCUCUCGUCUGCUUACAAGCUUCCUCGGUUUAUGUGAUGCCGCCGACAAACUUGACCCUGGAGUGCCGAAAUCUGUGCAACGUUCUUAAAUGGAGUUAUGAAGAACCACUGACACCAGGACUUAAAUUCAUUGUGAACAUCGGCUGUCUCGCAAACUGUCCGGAGAACCUUACUGUGGAGCCCCCAGCUCUACAGGCUGACCUGUCAUUUCUCUCUCUACCAAGUGAAGACUACUAUGUCACUGUUAGUGCAGUGAUUGGAGAAAAUAAGUCUGAAUUAUCUGAGGGAAUCGAUUUCAGCUAUUUCAAGGACUCUCUAGUCAGUAAGAAAUGUAUUUUGGACCUUCCCUCAGUGAACGUCACUUCCCAAAAGGAUGACUUUGUCCUGCUCAGCUUUGAGCAUCCCUGGCAGUUUCACCAACACAAGACGGCUGGCAGCCCAAAGUCAGGAAGUAUGAAGAAAAGAAGCCAUGACUACGAGCUCGAAGAGCUACCCGAAUUUAUGUACCGCGUCAUCAUAAUGAACCAGAAAGAGGAGCCCCACGAUUUCAGCUGUGUGGCGAUGGUCUGUGAGGAGAAGCUUCCUGUGGACGCUGCUCAGAAGAAACACUGUCUGAAGAUCACGGGAGAGAUGAACAGAAUAUCUGUUGAAGCCACACAAGACUACUGCACCCUGCUGAUAGAGAAAAACUAUUUAAUCUACUACGUCGUGGGCGGCGUGCUGCUCCUGAUUGCGUUGAUUACUGUCCUCUUCAUGGCUUACAAAAAGAUGACCAAUCCUUCGUCCUAUAAGCCAGCAUUUUUGAACUUCUCUGGGGAACGGGGGCGGUUCACAAGCGGGGGUGUCCUAGAGAGUGUCAUGGUGGCAGAAGUUGAGCCUCGCUCACCAUCACUUCUACUGCCAACCACAGACGAGACAGAUGUAUCACCUGUAACAACCCCUGAAGACAACGACAUACGCCUACCCUUAGGUUUGGGAAGGCAGUUAAUUGAGGAUGAAGAAAUGCGUCAAGACGAGGAGGUACAGAAUAAUGAAGGAUCUGAAUACGCACAAGGUGGACAGUUGGAAGACGACACAGUAGACUGCACAGAGUUCCCCUCUGCUUACGAGAGACGUACAGCUCUCGUUGAUUUAGCUCCAGGUGAACUGGCUGAGGGCUACCGUGGCUGAAGGUGGACCGGGUAGUCCCUAAGCCUUCAUGUGUUUGAGCAUUAAGGCAAAUGUUUUUUUUUCUAAAGGGAAAUGAGAAUGUUAGCUUAAGAAAGCCCAUGGAACCAUCACAGCACAAAGAAUAAGUGUUAAAUGCUGAGGUUUCUUCAUCGCAUCUUCAUCUCAUCCCUCUAAUAACUUUGUUAAAUAUGCAGAAUAUAAAUGAGCGGAUUUAACUUAAACAGCAGGUCCUUGGAUUGUUAACCUUCUAGCUUCAUUGUGUACAGACUCACCUUCCAAUCAGUCCUAUAGAAAUGCUUAAAGGGACCUGACUGCGCUUCAUUUCCUGUUGUACAUAUCGAGAUACAAUGAUAGUAAUAAUUACAACAUUAACUUACUGUUUCAUCAUCUGUUCUGUUAGAAGGUCAAAAUGCUGUUUUCUCUUUGGCUAAAUAAUGAAUGUCCUCUUGCUUAUUUAUUUGCUGUCAAUCAAAUGGUUAAUUCAGGAUUUUCUUUCUCACAAGACAUUUAUCUGAUUUAAUGGUUAUAUCUGGGCUGGUAGUUACAAUAGGGAUCCCAUUCAGUCUUUCGAAUUGUGAUUGGAUCCCUUCAAAAGUGCUCUCUGCUUAGUGAGCCCAGAGUAAUACUGGACUGUAGAGGAUUGGAAGCCUCCACUCCUACAUGCUGCUAGAUCAGUACAAGGAGACAAAUUUACAAAUGUUUUCAUCGGAAAUGUUAACAAAAUGUUUGCCAUCUAAAAUCCAUACAUUUUUAUUUUUAUAAACUAUUAUAAAAAGUAUUAUUUACAUAAUUUACAAAUAAGAGAUGAUCACGCAACUUCCAGUGAUACUAACUGGAAAAAAAAAUCUUUAUUUAAGGAAGUAUUUAAAGAAGCAUUAAGUGCAACUUAAAUCUUUUUUAUAUGAAUCCUCUCAUGAAAUGAGUGGCCCCUUGUGCACUUAAGGAUAAAUGUAAACAGACUGUUAGACUUUGUAUUGAGCUCUGUCUCUAAACGUUACACUUUGCGUUUGACUCUAGAGCAGUGUGUUUUGUAUUUCCUUUUACUAAACAGAAAAAAACCCAUCUUGUUUAUAUUCCUAAGUCUACACCACUGAUUGUCUGAAAACAAUCUGGCUGAAGUGAACUUACAUGGUUUCUAUUAUCAUUGUUAUUAAUAAUAUUAUUAAUGAAGCUGAUGAGGUGUGGUUUUUUACUUUUGCAAACACUUCCCGUCCUCAUAUUUCAGGAUUGAAAAUCGAGAUCCCCAGUUGGAAUGAAUGUGUGGAUUUGAAAAACAGACACAGCCAUUAAACUAACACUUGAAUACAUCUCUCAUUGUCUGAGAACCCCUGCAGCAUGCUAACAGCGCAUCCCGAGUAACGGCAGAGAGAGAGACCU